AGGGGGUCUGAUGGGGGCCUCUGAGCUUGCACUGAGCGUGGGCUUCCCCAGCGCAGGACAAGGAAGCCGGAACCCCGGUGUUGGUGAACUCGAGGGCUCCCUCGACUUCUCUCCCCUAGCCCGGCCUCCGCCCUCCACAGGCUGCAGGCGAGGCCUCUGGCACCAGUGGGCCUGGAGGCUUGGCUGUUUCCGCCUUGCAGCAGCCUGGGCCUUACCCUGAUGGAAGCCUGGUCCCUAUAUCCAGGGACUGAGAGGCAGUCUGCAUUCAAGUGAAGACCAAGUACACGCUGAUAGAUGAGCAAGACAUCCCACUGGUGGAGAGCUACUCCUUCGAGGCCCGCAUGGAAGUAGAUGCAGACGGAAAUGGUGCUAAGAUAUUCGCAUACGCCUUUGACAAGAACCGAGGCAGGGGAUCGGGCAGGCUCCUUCACGAGCUGCUGUGGGAGCGGCACCGGGGCGGUGUGGCCCCCGGGUUCCAGGUGGUGCAUCUCAACGCUGUGACCGUGGACAACCGCCUGGACAACCUGCAGCUGGUGCCGUGGGGCUGGCGGCCCAGAGCCGAAGAGACCUCCAGCAAACAAAGGGAGCAAAGCUUAUACUGGCUCGCAAUUCAGCAGCUCCCCACGGACCCCAUAGAGGAGCAGUUCCCCGUCCUGAAUGUGACCCGGUACUAUAAUGCCAAUGGGGACGUGGUGGAGGAGGAGGAGAAUUCCUGCACCUACUACGAGUGCCACUACCCGCCCUGCACGGUGAUCGAGAAGCAGCUCCGGGAGUUCAACAUCUGUGGGCGCUGCCAGGUGGCCCGGUACUGUGGCUCCCAGUGCCAGCAGAAGGACUGGCCCGCCCACAAGAAGCACUGUCGGGAGAGGAAGCGUCCCUUCCAGCACGAGCUCGAGCCGGAGCGAUGACGGGCGGCAGAGGCGCUGCUCGGCGUGCUUGCUCUUCCAGGCUCCUCGGGCACAGCGGAGAGACUGGUGAUCGGACCUGGAGGUGCCCGAGAAGCCAGCGGCCAGCCAGAACAGCCGCCGCGAGACUCCCGGUGUCCCAGGGGUGGGGACGGCGCCCCCAGUGUUGGUCUCUAGCAGAGACAUGGAGAGGCUCCCUGGGGUGUCUCAUUAUUUAUAUGUUAAUAUGUUUGUAAA